CCACGUAACAUUAAAGAUUUGGGCUCAAAGCAGGCCUCUCUCUCUUCUCUCUCUCAUUUUGCUCAAUAAUAAAAUGGCUGCUGCAAAUGCAUUAUGGCAGAACAUCAAAGGGUUGAAUAAUACAAAUAAAUUCUCAUCUUACAACAACAAAAAGAUGAUCAAUCACACCCAGCUUCCUAAUUAUAAUACUCACAAGAACAUCAUUAGUUGCCGCCAAGCUUCUUCUUCCCCUGCCAUCUCAACAUCCACAGAGCUUUCUUCUUCAUCAUCAUCGUCUUCUUCCCAGUGGCCUGAUUUUGCCAAACGCGUAUCUGGUGAAUGGGAUGGUUUUGGAGCAGAUUUUUCCCCUGAAGGAAAACCAUUUGAACUUCCAGAAAAUGUUGUCCCUGAAGCUUACAGGGAAUGGGAGGUUAAGGUGCAUGAUUGGCAGACUCAGUGCCCUACUCUGGCUGAACCGGAAGAUCUCAUUGCCAAGUACAAAUUGAUCAAACUACUUCCCACAGUUGGUUGUGAAGCUGAUGCUGCUACAAGGCAUAGCAUAGAUGAGAGACAUAUAGGUGGAGCGGAAAACAAUGUUUCUGCUUUUGCUUAUCAAUCUAACGGUUCUUAUGCAGCUGUUUGGUGUGUCAAAACUCAAGAUACAUACAAUUUACUUGAGUUGGAGCACUGCUUGGUUCAUCCCCAAGAUCAGGAGUCACGUGUCAGAAUAAUUCAGGGUAUUCGAGUUGAAAAUAGCAAAUUCAAGAUGCAGAAUAUCAAAGUCUUUAUUGAACAAUGGUAUGGCCCUUUCAGAAAUGGGGAAUCACUUGGUGGAUGUUCUAUUCGUGAUACAGCAUUUGCUUGCACCGAGGCAUUAAAUAGUUCAGAAGUAGCUGGGAUAUGGCAAGGCCUAAGUUCUGUCGCCAUCUUCCACAACUCUCAAGAAAAGAAUAUUCAGGAAUUUGUUCAAAAUAAGACCCAGAACUUAACAAGAGAUGGAAGCAAUCUUGUACUGUUACCAAGGAAACUGUGGUGCUCCAUGAAAGAAGACAAAGGGGAAACACACUGUGAGGUGGGAUGGCUUUUUAGCGAGGGAAAUGCCAUUACAUCAAAAUGCACAUUUUCAAGCAAUGCUGAACUGAAGAAUGUAUCUGAGGGCUUUUUAAGUAAUGCACUUGGUGACAAUAAACUUUGUUGGUGCUAGCUAGCUUAUGUCUUUUCCGUGAACUGCAAGUCUGCAAGGAAAUUGCCACAUCACGUGAGACUGCUCUACCGCAAUAGUGUGUUUUCCCUACCAAAAAUAACACUAUGGAAAGAAGCUGCGGACAAAGCAACUCCGAGUGACUUCAGCAGAUGAGAAAAACACUAGUGGAAGCUGAUGCAAUGCAACCCUCAUAGACCGGAAAGAUAUUUUCGCUCAAGUACUGCUCAUUUUACGGGUUAGAUCCAAAUAUAUGGACUUCAAAGCAAAUUCUAGGUGAAUUUCGAUAUAGUAACACACUUGGUCACAGAAAAAUGUUGAAUGAGUGAAUUUGUUAACAUAUCAAUAAAUGAACAUAUUCUUUGUUAUACAUUAAAGAAGAAUUUUCGAUUUUAAGUGUGUA